ACGGCAGACAAGAUCGGGCUGGGCGCGGGGGGUGCGGGCACUUCGCUCUUCUCGCUCUACAACAACGGUCAGCACUUUGCCCAGCCUCCACCCGCUCACAUGGGCAUCACCCCAUACCCCAUAGACCCUAAAGCUGGGCUGAGGCCGCCCGUGUACCCCUUCACAGCGUCGCAGUACUCGUACCACCUCGGCGCUGACUUCACCCAGAUGGCUACUUGGUUCACGACCCCGUCGCUGAUGCCCCCACACCCGGGGCUCACUCCCCCUCUCCCCCACUCCCUCGUCGCCUCCCCCAAAGCGGCGGAUCUCCCCCACUCCUCCCACGACAACCACAGACACCACGGCAUGCUCGACGCCAAGACCCUGGGCUCCCCCCACGACAAGAACCUCCUCGACGGUAAAGGAGAAAAGAAACCUCACAUCAAGAAGCCGCUGAACGCCUUCAUGCUCUACAUGAAGGAGAUGCGUGCACAGGUGGUGGCCGAGUGUACGCUCAAGGAGAGCGCCGCGAUCAACCAGAUACUGGGUCGUAAGUGGCACGCCUUAAGCAAAGAGGAGCAAGCCAAAUAUUACGACAUGGCCAGACGAGAGCGACAAAUACACAUGCAAAUGUACCCGGGAUGGAACGCCAGGGAUAACUACGGAAUGAUGAAGAAGAAGAAAAGAAAGAAAGAGAAAUCUGUAGACGGAGCCAAUAUGAAGAAGUGCAGAGCGAGAUACGGCCUGGACCAGCAGAACCAGUGGUGCAAACCGUGCAGACGUAAAAAGAAGUGUAUCCGGUACAUGGAAGGGGAGGAAGGGGAAGAAGGAGGAUCCAGUGGGAGUAUCGAGGCUCAAGAAUCUGAUGAAUCCGAUGAUGAGAUUCAGGACGACAACAUCCACGAUGUCAUCUCCGAUGUGAACAUGGCUUCCCCAUCCAAUAAUUUCCAGAUGUUGCUUUCCCCAUCCACGUCCUUGGCGUCCCCGUCGGGACCUCCAUCUUUAAUGCCUUCCCCAGCCUCGCUGGCUUCUCCAACAACCCCAGGGGAUUUAAAGGAAGUUUUCGCCCCCAUUCCCCCGCAACAGUUGGUACCCCGCAUCCCGGUGGGAACAAACCCCCGUGACCUAAACAAUCCUUUAAGUGUUAAUCAGCUCACCGGCCAAUGCAUUACUGCUUCUGAUAAUCAAAAUCAGGAACACCCAGCGAUGGUCAGCGUAACAUGACCACAACACAUAUCGUAGGAUCAACCCUCUUGAAUUUGAUGCUACGUUCUUGGCAGGUUGCCUGCCGUGUCUAUCAGUUAAAACAUCACAUUAAGACCUGGAAUAUUUAAUCACGUCUAAUAAGAAAUGCAUGUUUUAUGAAUUGUGAACUUUAAUAUAAUCCAAUCACAUUUCAUUUAUGGUUGUGAAGCGGGUUCUCUUAUGUUAUUUAUUUCCGGAAUCUGUACUACAAUCGAGGUUCGAAUAUACAAAUCGAAUUAUCCAUGAAAGCAAAAAUGUCUUAUUGUUACAUAUGUAAGAAAUUUUCUGCGACUAUUCGCAGUAUAAAACAUUUAAUGAAAUUUUAAAUUCACGAGGAAACAGAACAAACAUUAUCCGUUGAGCUAUUGUUCAUAUUCAGGGGGUUACAUGCAAGACAACUAUAUUCGUCAGACGACAAUAUUCAUGAGACAAUAAUAUCAUCAAUGUGACAAUAUGCAUUAUGCAACAAUAUUUGUGAAGCGACAAUUUUAUAGGCAUGACGAACGACAUUAGCGCGAUGACGAUCGAUAUUCGUGAGACUGUGGUUGAUAUUCGUGAGACCUCGAUUAGUGAGACGGUAACUGAUAUUCGUGAGGUUGAUAAUUGUUAUUAGUGGUACGACGAUUAACUUCCGUGAUUCGACAAGUUUUACGCAUAAUAAGUGUGAAAUAUGAGUACAGUUGGUGCGCGUGUGCGUGUACAAUAGGCACAAUUUGCAGGGUAUAGGCAGUUAUUGUACGUCGUUCUUGAUGCCGUGUAUAUAUUGAGGCGUACCAAGUGAUUGUAGACUUUAGUGUUCUAUUUGUAUAUGUUAUUGUGGAAGAUCCUUUUUAUUAUCUAUUGCUUAAAGUAACAUCAGUGUCUAGAGGCUUCGAUAAGGACAAGGUGGUGGACGUAAUGCAUUUCGUUCAUGCAUUUUUAUUGAGGAUUCCGCAGGGUAAAUACAUAUUGUUCUUCGCUCGCGAUAUUUGCUUUUUGAAAGCAAUGCUAAGUGCUGAACUUGUAAGCGGGGCGAAGGUAAAUGCGUGUUCUAAUGAUGUGCAAUUUGAUGAAGAAGUUAAAUCCUUUGCACGACAGGAUACGUUUUCCUAUAUCUCAUGAAUUUAUAAGUAACUUUGAAGAAAGUACAGCUAAUAACUAUCAUACCAAUUUAAUAACAUAAUUGUCCGAAAUUUAAUAGUAGCAGUUGCGCAUGAUGGCAAAAAAUGUUUAUUUUCAUUUGACACGUCUGGAACUGGAAUUUUUAUA